AUGGACAUGCCGAACGGGCAAUAUGGCUGGGUAGCACCUGGGCGCCAUGAGGUGGACAGCGAGCACCUCAGAAAGCAACGAAGUCACCAGGCCAUGAAGUUCAGUCUCUACCCUUCUCGUGCAGGCUCGAGACCUAGAACUGCCUCCAACACAUCAGGCAAUGCAUCGCCAGUCUCCCCGGUAUUUCCAACAACACCGACACCUCCACCACAACGCCCAGGCCCUCGAAUUGACCCUUUGCGGUCGAAUAGCUACACCUCAAAUUAUCAACGACCGUCAACAUCCCACCAAAUAACGUCGAAUGACGGCUCCCGGUCAUACACAUCUUCUCCCCAGCCUCAGCAGCCACUACAUGAGAGGCCAUCCGAAGCCUCUCGAUUGCGAGCUCUAAACAGUGGCUAUAGGUCCCAUUCGACCGAGGGACGACGGACGCCGGACCUAGGUGCUGGCAAUCUCGACAACUUGUCUCGACCUCGAGAGUUAAACUCCAAACACAAGAAGGACACGGGUAGACCACUCGUUCCGGGCUCAUCGACCGUACCUUCUCACACCAAUACCGAAAUACAACCACACCCCGAUCCCUCUGGUCGAGACAGGGGACUUUCUACAUCCUCAUCCCAAUCACUUGCUAGCAGUGGUCCUAUUUUCCCACUGCGGCCUUCUAUGUCAAUUCCCGACUACCAUGCCCCGGACUCGAUAUAUUCAAGGCAGAGAAACCUGAAUAAUUCAAGCUAUCGACCUGGCAAGGUGAUAAGUCGACCAGAUAGCAAUUAUUCUUCACAUUGGCGGGAGCCAAUGAUGCGAUCGGCAACAGGAGAUGGCGAGGAAGUGCGGGCCAGUUUUAGGUCAGCCCUGACGACGAAUUCUAGUUUUCUGGGCACCAGCGGGACCGAAAGGAGCAGUAUAAUGACAAAGAGUAGUUCGGCGACAUCAAUAUUUGGCAGGGAUGAGGGGAUGAGUGUUGAUGACGCUAUUGGAAUGUAUGAGAGUGGAUUCCAUGAUUCCGGAACGGAAGAUUUACCUGGGCCAAGGCGUAGAAGUAUAGAUUCAGAUCGAGGCAAGAUUUCAGAAUUUGAGGCGGCUGUAAAUCAACCCUUCAGUCAUCCCACCGACACCAUAUCUAGGGAUCCCCAUAUAGCUAGUCGAAUGGCCGCGAUUAAUACGCCCGGUCUUCAAGACAAGCCCGAGCUGAACGGCAGUUUGGACGCUCAACCAACAUCGCAUACAAAGGAGCCUCCUUACCGGCCUGCCACCAGAGCCGCACCUCCUAGGCCGGAUGGGAGCAGAGAUCGUUAUGGGUUUCGAAAAAAUACUCAACAUGUUCCGUUGGCCGAAUAUGAAGCUUGGAACGGACCCUACACCGAGCAUCUGGCUCGACGGCGUAAGAAAUGGGUGGCCCUAUUGAAAGAUAAUGGUCUAUCGACCGAUAAUCCUCAGCAGUUCCCACCCAGAUCAGUGAAAGUGAAACGCUUCGUCCGCAAGGGCAUUCCACCAGACUGGAGAGGGGCUGCUUGGUUCUACUAUGCUGGUGGUCCAGCAAUGGUAGCGAAACACCCAGCUGUGUAUCGGGAUCUGACGGAACAAGCUGCUCGAGGGGGCGUCAGCGAAACAGACAGCGAAAUUAUCGAACGCGAUCUUCACCGGACGUUUCCUGAUAAUAUAAAAUUCAAACCAGAUCCCCCCGCACAUGAGCAGUCACAACCAAACCCCGAAGCCGAGACAGCUAUCCUUCAAUCCCUCCGGCGCGUGCUUGAAGCUUUUGCUAUUUAUAACCCAAAAAUUGGAUAUUGCCAGUCACUUAACUUUCUCGCGGGACUUCUACUUCUCUUUAUGGACGAGGAAAAGUCAUUUUGGAUGCUUAAUAUCAUUACCCGUGUGUAUCUUCCAGCAACUCACGAGUUAAAUCUCGAAGGUGCUAAUGUUGAUCUUGGCGUUUUGAUGACUAGCAUCAAAGACAUGAUGCCUUCUAUCUGGGCUAAAAUUGGUGGGGAACUGGAUGGCUCUGCUGGAGACGGAAGGGUCUCCAUGCGGUUACCACCAAUCACUCUAUGCACCACAGCAUGGUUCAUGUCCUGUUUCAUUGGCACCCUACCCAUCGAGACAACUCUGCGGGUGUGGGAUUCAUUCUUCUAUGAAGGCAGCAAAACGCUUUUCCGUAUUGCUCUCACGAUCUUCAAAGUCGGCGAGGCGGAAAUCAAAGCCGUUAGUGAUCCCAUGGAGAUAUUUCAAGUCGUGCAAGGAAUUCCACGCAAAUUGGUAGAUGCAAAUGCCCUUCUGGAGGCGUGCUUUCGAAGACGAAACGGCUUUGGACACUUGAGCCAAGAAACGAUUGAGAGAGGCCGGGCAGAACGCAGGCAAGGUUACGCGGAUGAGAGGGCAAAAGCCGCGGGGCAGAUUCCCACCACUCCUAGAGGCACAGGAAUGGGAAGAAGAGGAACCCUAUUCGGACGGAAGAAACAAAGGGCUGCUGAAGGCCCUAAUAUAUAA